AUGGAGUCGAGCAUGCACGUUGGGGCAGAGAUUGAGGAGCGUGAAUACACGCGCCACCGCGAGCUCGACGCAGAGGAGGGAGAAGCUAGUACGAGAUCUCUUUGCCUAAUUAUAGCUCCCUUUCUUUUCCUUUUUCUUACGGUUCUUGCCUCCACCGAGCCACCUCCGACUCCCAUAUUGAGACAUGACAACCAAAGCAGCGACCUAGUCUCCGCCAUCGCCGACAUGAUUAGGGAAUCUUAUAACGGUUUUGGCACCCUACUCCUUCUCCAUGUCCUCAACGACACAAAUUUCUACAACAACCAAGAGAUUACUUUCUUGAUGCCUAGCGACGACCAUCUUUCUCAAGCAGACAUGAGCCAAGAGAGUCUAGAGACGUUUAUCUUAAGACAUACGAUCCCUGCGUGGCUUAUGAUCAACCACUUGCUUCGUUUCCCAAACAAAACGCUUGUCCCUUGUAGCAUCCCUGAUAAAAUGUUCGUUAUCACAAAAUCUGGUAGGUCGGGGGGACUAUAUGUGAACAAUGCGAGGAUCGUUUCUCCUAAUAUUUGUCGGAAUUCUCGCGUAGCUUGCCACGGAGUCAGCAACGUUAUUACAUUCACGGAGGACUCCUUUUCAAAGGCAAUGUUAUCAUCACCUGUGUUAUCAUCAGUCCGUAAAAGAAUCACUUCGUCUAGGCACUGA